AUGUUUCGUCAAAAGUAGCAUAGCAACGCCGCAUAACGCUUCCGCAUUGACUGCACUGCUGACUGUCAAUGCGGGAGAAUGAAUAACUCCAAAUGGGCUAUUACUGACAAACGAAAGAGACCAACACGCAUUAUACGAUGUAUAUACGUGGUCGGAUUCAUGGACCUGUUUGGGGUCAGUAUGAUCAUCCCUUUGCUGAGUCACCAUGUAAAGGAUCUGGGAGCAAGCCCCACAGUGGCUGGGAUAGUAGGAUCUACUUAUGGAGUAUUACAGCUCUUCUCUAGCACUGUGGUUGGAAGUUGGAGCGAUGUGGUAGGGAGGCGCUAUUCACUGUUGACAUGCCUUUUGCUCAGUGCCUUUGGAUAUGGCCUGCUGGGUCUGUCCACCAGUAUUGCGCUCUUUGUGCUGGCCAGGAUUCCAGUGGGGCUAUUUAAACACUCCCUUUCUAUCUGUCGAGCGCUACUCUCAGAUCUUGUCUCAGAGAAAGAGCGCCCUCUAGUGAUGGGCCACUUUAAUGCAGCUUCAAGUGUGGGAUUCAUCCUGGGACCAGUGGUGGGCGGAUACCUCACUGAACAUGAGGGGGGGUUCUACUUGUCCUCAUUCGUUUGUGCAGCCAUUUUCCUUCUAAAUGCAGGUUUGGUCUGGAUGUUACCAUGGAGCGAGACACUAAAUCACUGUAUAGAUGCCAAUGCCAAUAGCAAUACCAAAACCAGCAAAUCCUGUGAUGGGUUUAAAAACUCAUCCCAGCAGAACUGUUUAGAUAAAAACCACAUUCAGCAUCUGAAUGCAUCUGCAGUCCAAAGUAAAGCAGAUCGUGGCUGGAGCUGGAGGGACAUGUCUCUCUUUCAGCCUAUCUGGAGACAGCUGACCUCAGUGUGGAUACGGAUCCACCUGCUGGCUUCCUCUGAUAUGUGGGACGUGUUCCUGGUGCGUCUUCUAAUGGCUGUAGCUAUUAUGCUGUACUACAGUAACUUCUCCUUGGCCAUGGAGGAGCGCUUUCAGCUCAAGCCAAAGGUAACAGGCUAUCUGAUCAGCUACAGCAGUACACUGGGGGCCCUUGCGGGUUGUCUGGUGGGGCCCGUCACCCACCUCUAUGGCAACAACAUGUCUGCUUUAUUGCUACACUCAACCAUGCUCACUUGCACGUUGAUCUUCCUGUACGCCACAGCGCCCAAUGUCUGGCAGGUCUUGCUCACCUCCACGUUCUUUGCCAUCUCUACCACUAUCGGACGCACCUGCAUCACAGACUUGGAGCUGCAGCGUGGGGGGGCCCAGGCUAGUGGGACACUGAUCGGGGCAGGGCAGUCAGUCACAGCUGUGGGACGGGUUCUUGCUCCAUUACUCUCUGGUCUGGCUCAAGAGUUCAGCCCCUGUGGACCUCCUAGUUUGGGGGUUGUGUUGGCACUGGUAGCUGUGGGUUUGCUGCUUGUAAGGACUCCUAAAUGGGACAGUUUGACUAAGGUUAAAGACGAGAGUCUCAAACAGUGA